ACUCGGUAAUAAGGAGCGGAGCGGCGGAGGGAGCGCGGCAGUGAGCGGAGCAGCGCGGGGACUCCGGCGGGCAGCGGCGCGCUGAGCAGCGGGGCGGAUCAGCGGAGUCAGCGUGGAGCGGAGCGAUGGUGAACCGUGAUUGGACGAGAUUUCGUCAGACGAGGAUUCUUUCGAUUGUGCCGCAGUCAGCAGAUGGUAGCUGUUGGUGCCUCACUUCUUGCCUUGGACUCUAAGAUUCCUGAUGGACUGGAUGAGGUCUUGUGGACCAGUUGCUGGAUUUCGAGGAUCUUCUUGAGGUUGUUGAACGAAACAAACCUUUGGAAAUUGUUUUCUCCACAAAACAAGAAGUGACAUGACCUUCCAGACCCUACUAAAGUGUGCCGGUUUAUCAGAAAUGGAAUCGGCCAUUGUGGUAAAAAUGUGAGAACCUGGCAACCUGUCAAAAACUGAGAAGCAUAUUACGAACCGCCGCUUACAUCGAUAACAUUGUGGUUUUGAGGAGUUUCACCACUUCAGCCUCUUUUAACCUCAAGUGCCUUCCUUUCUGUUCUCCUUAUCUUUCAGUUUUCACCAACACUAUAUCCACAUAUUCUCUCCGACUGUGUUGGACCUGUGCCAGAACCCCUAAGUUAAUCGACCUUAACUCUUAACUCCUGCCUGGGUUUAAGUUUACGUUCUUUUACAUUAAUUUUUGUCUUUCUUUGUGGGUUUUGUUUGACGUUUCUCCUUUUGCUGUAACUGCACAAUGUUCUAGACACUCUAAACACAUUUUGUUUUAUUUAUUUUUUGUUUCUUUUUGUUGUUGGACCAUUCGCAUGCCUUCCUUUACUUUUACAAGAAUCUCAGCCUGCCCUCGUCUUUAGGUAUGAGACCCCCGUAGACAGAUUUUUUUCCUUUCAUUUUUAUUAUAAGUUUCCACUCCACUGACUGUACUUCACUUGGACUGUCGCCAUGUUCUCCUUUCACUCCAAAUGGCGCUAUCUGGUCAUGUUCCUGGGCGUCCAGCUGGUGGUCAUGGCCCUCCUCUCCAGGGAAGGUUACCAGAAGAGGGUGACUUAUUUUUUCCGGAUAUUUCGGAAGCUGGACGCGCUGAGCGGCUCGGCGCCCGGACACCGGCUGAACCACACGGGGGCGGACGUCUACGCCAACCUGUCGUACCUCGUCAACGUCCAGAGCAAAGACGACGUACCCUACUGUCCGAAGAAAUCCCCACUAACAGGCGGUCCGAUCCACGUCAGCUUCCCGUCUGGUCUGACUAUGGCUCAGAUCGAGAGGAAGAACCCGCUGGUGGUCCGCGGGGGGCGCUACAGACCACCUGACUGCGAGGCUCGACAUCGCACCGCCAUCAUCAUCCCCCACAGGAACCGCGAGAACCACCUUAAGUUCCUGCUCUACUACCUGCACCCGUUCCUGCAGCGGCAGCAGCUCAACUACGCCAUCUACGUCAUCCACCAGGCGGGUAACUACACGUUUAACCGCGCUAAGCUGAUGAACGUGGGUUUCCGGGAGGCGAUGCGUGAGGAGGACUGGAACUGUCUCUUCUUCCACGACGUGGAUCUGAUACCGGAGGACGACCGGAACACCUACACCUGCGACCAGAACCCCAAACACGCCGCCAUCGCCAUGGACAAGUUCGGCUACAAGCUGCCCUAUAAGAUGUAUUUUGGGGGCGUGUCUGCGCUCUCGCCCCUGCAUUACCUGAAGAUGAACGGAUUCCCCAACAACUACUGGGGCUGGGGGGGCGAGGACGACGACAUCGGCAUCAGGGUGUCUCUGGCUGGGAUGGUGAUCACUCGUCCGUCGGUGAAAGUCGGACGCUAUAAAAUGAUCAAACACAAACUGGAUCAGGGAAACGAGGUCAAUCCGAAAAGGUUUAACAUGCUGGCUAAGACGAGACAGACGUGGAAGCUGGACGGGAUGAACUCGGCGGAGUACGAGGUGAUCUCGCGGGAACACCUCCCCCUCUAUACCAACAUCACCGUCAACAUCGGCACAGAGGCGGGACUGCACCCCCCCACGAAGCCCCCGCCCAAACCACGCAAACAGAAGAAGCAAGAACCGCCUGGGGACCCUAAGGGCCCCAAGAACCAGGAGGACCCUGAUGAUGAGCUGACAGACUUUCAAUCUCAGCACUGACACACAAUGCCUGCGUCAUGUGUCCCCAAAAACACCCCCAGUCCCCAAAAACACCCCAAAAACAGCCACACACACAUACUCUUAUCUUUACAAACAGAGGACAUAUAUAGAGUGUGCGCUGUGGGUGUGGGGACAUCAUGCCUUCACUGCACUCCUUAAACCAAUACUGGUCAUAUGCCAUAUCUCUCUCUCUAUCUCUCUCUCUCUCUUUUUCUCUCUCUCUCUUUCUUUCUCUUGCUCGCCCUCUCUCGCCCAUUUCACCUCCCAGUACAGACUGCUGUGGGCUGGACUCUGCUGCCCCCUGGUGGGCACUGACGGACCCUCAGAGGGCGAUCCACACGCCGCCCCCACAAUGUUUGGACCGGACGUGUGCUGGAUAAACCGCCGUGGCCUUAGACUAAAGCUGCACUCUCUCUAUAUCCUGAGAAACUUUUCUAGGUUUUGAUUGGUUGGUUGUUUUAAUUCUGAUUAAACUUCAUAGUUUGUGCAACCUAAUCUUUAUUUUCUGCAUCUGUAGCGUACGAUCAAUUACCGCGAAUGAAGAUGAUUAUGAUUCAACUCCCUGAAAUUCUGAGUUAUAAAGGAAGUCAAUAGGUCAAUUUCUAAAUUCUAAGAUUAUACUGUAUAUUGAAUUAUGACAAAUAUAUAAUCAUUCAAUAAUGCAAAUAGUUUUUAAACACAUUUCCAAUAUUUCAAUAUAUUUCAUCUCAUUACAUGAACUGGCACAUUUUUAUUUUCAAAAUAUUUGUUGUUACAGAUAUCUGACAGUCUUUCUUUGUUUUUUUAUAUUGUUCAUAUCAUUAUUGUAAUUAAAUUGUAUCAAUCGAAAUUAAGACAUUUCAAUAUAAAUUGUGGCCAUGUGCUGUGUGAUAUGGUAAAAAAUUGUAAAAAAUCUAAAUAUUUUUCAGGAUUUGCGAAUUUUUGGGAUGCUGAAAAAAGCUUGAGUAGCAGCAGAUUAAUUAUCCACUGAAUUUUCAUUAAAUUAUUAAAACAAACUAUCUAUUAAAAUACAUAUUAAGUGAUUUUUAUACAUUUUUCUGCACUUUAUCCAAUUAAACAUCAGCUUAGUACUUUUUCUGUCUGUCAGCAACAACAGUAGUGAGAUAAUUCUGCACAUCUGUACAUCGACCAAAAAACGUAACAGUUUCAUUAACAUCAUUGUUCUUUAAUCAUUGACGAUACGAUAGCCGCAAUAUGUUUUUAAGUAUAUUGUGCAUCACAAUACUAAAAUAUAAUGCAAUUAUCAUUUUGCCCACUCCACAUUAAAUGUGUAAACAUGAAUUUAGAAUAUUUUAAACUAAGUACUUUCCAAAAACCCUUAUAAAACUAAAUAAUCUUAUUUUUUCUUUAUUAAUCUGACCCUCUGUUGACUUCUAUUGGACGUUCAGGGGAGUUUUUGACUCUGCAGUGUAUUAGUUCUGUCCUAACUUUAAGGAAAUGUGUUGAAAUUGUUAUCUGUGGUCAUUAAGCGUACGUUACAGCUGCAGCAGAUGCAGAUUAGCUUGGGAAACAUGGGCGUGUCCUUCUGCAGAACAGAAGGGUGUGCGUCCUGCAGGCCUGAGUCAUGCCACUCUAAAACACCAUUAUUAGGACUGGUUGGUCUGAAUGACUAUGAAUUUCUUUCUUUCUUUCUUUUUCAUUUCUUUUGACUGCUUUAUUAUGAUUAUAUUUAAUAUUCUUAUUAUAAUUAUUAUGCCUAUUCUACUCUUUUUCUGCAUUUUACGUACUGUAAAAGAUAAAUGGACUGAAAAACGCUACUUUUUAAAAAUCUGCGUAAUUGGAUCGUAUUUCGUAGCGGUAACCACUGCUGUGUACAUAUCUAGAAAAUGUUACUUUUUUUCCAAUUUCUUUGCUCUUUUUCGCCAUUAUGGCCUUUGGACAUGACUCCGCCCCUCAUGCGGACUGCCUCCUCCCAUCACAAUGAUGUUCUCUCAUUUUGUUUUUUUGGGUAUCACUUUAAAAUAAGACUACCUUUUAUAAAGUGUUUAUAAAUGGUUUACAAUUUGUUUAUUAAUGUUACUAACUAGGUUAUAAAUGCCUUAAAAUGUAUUAAUAAUCAGUUAUAACACAUGCUUAGAAAGGGCAACAAUGACCUGUGGUUUGCCAAAUAGUGAACCCACAGCCAUCUAUAUUGUUGCCCUUUCUACGUAUGUGUUAUAACUGAUUAUUAAUGAUUUUUAAGGCAUUUACAACCUAAUUAGUAACCAUUAAUAAACUAAUUGUAAACCAUUUAUAAACACUUUAUAAAUGUAGUCUUAUUUUAAAGUGGUACCGUUUUUGGUUUCUUUUUGUUCUUUUUUGUUUUUCGACUUUAAUUAAUUUGUGCUGAUUCGCAGGAUUGCAUCAGGGCGAUCAAUCGAUCUGAUUGGCACUUUUUAGACUGAUGGAUAUUCAGGGUCACUGUGUUACAGUGACUGAGUGUGUGAGUGUGUGUGUGUGUGAGUGUGUGUACGAGUGUGUACGAGUGUGUGUACGAGUGUGUGUACGAGUGUGUGUACGAGUGUGUGUUGGUGAAAGAGUGAAUGUGUUAUGAGACAUUUCCUUCUCUUUAUCUACUUUAGCACCACUGUGUAUCUAGUUAAAAGCUAGAAAUUAGGUUUUAGGACUUAGGAUUAAGGGUUUAAAAGUUAAGGAGGAUAUCUAGAGCCAUUUCGUACAGUUUGAAUGAACGGAGCGUGCCAACAAACUCCGCCCAUUCUGUGCUUUUUAUCUCUUUCAGUCCAAACAAUGAUGAACUGAUCACGCCUCCCUGCAGGCCGUAGUCCCCCAGGGCUCUGUUUUAAGACCUAUUCACAUCUGUAGCUGGUUUUAGUUGAAUUCUCUGGUCUGUAUCAGAUAAUGAGUUUUCUGUUUGCUGAGGCAUUUUCCCCCUCAGUUUUGUUUGGUUUGUUUUCACACAGGCACAAACCUAAACACACCAAAAUGUGACUGAUUGGUUAGAGCUGACUGGAGCAAGACUAAUAAAGUAAAUACAGGAAGAAGGUCCUGUGUUUUAGAACGGCACCUGCAGUUGUUCAGUGUGAAGCUGAUUUGCUUAAACACUGAAAAUUGAAAUGUUGCAGUGAACCAAUGGCCACGAGCAGUAAACGCUGCACAUACCUUUUGCCGUGUUCAGUGACAAAACAGCUUAUCAUGUAGCAGCAGCAGCGGAGAUUAGCAUUAGUUAACUGCUAUAGUGGUAAUAAUAUGGUUAAUAAUAAUAUCAGGUUAAACUGCACCUGAACAGCUGUUUAGCUCAAAUAUGAGGGAAGUUUAAUAUUGGGGUCGGAUCGAGGUUGGAUCACAUUCCCACUCUGGAGUAGUUUUGGUUGCCACUCGAGUGUUAUCACUGUUUUUACACCUGCCUAAAAGAAACAAUCAAAGAGUUUAAACCAAGUCCGUUGUAAUCAAACUAAAAAGUGCUGUUGUUUAAACACCUUUUAGAGUUUUUGAAAUUGUCUAUGAAACCGCUGUAAAAGAGAGCUGAACUGUGGAAAAACGUGAAAACUUGCAGUUCAGAACACUCCAAAACGACCAGCUGACCGCUAGCGACCAUAACGACCGAUUUCUCGUACAUUUCUGCGCCAAUAAAGUGCUACAGUUUAUUAUAUUUCAGGGCAGAAUGCUGCGUUCCAUGUUAACUUGGAUGUCAGAAUUUCUCCAAAUGGUUCCAAGUAGGAGAUUUCAACUGGAAUGUUGGAUUUCCUAUUUGGAAAGCCGGGACAGCCUCAACCAAUCACGAGUUCAGAAUCCAAGAUGGCGACCUUGAGCAUCAACAGUAGUGAAAGCAGUAGUAUUAUUAUACAGUUUAUUAUCACUUCUAUCUACAAUAUAAGCAGUCCUACACACAGUACUGCACAACUUCUAUUUUGCGCUAAAUUCUGUAUAAUGCUAAUGCUAAUCUUGAGCAAUUCUCUGCCAUGCUAACCUAGAACAUAGUAAAUGGGGCAUAAUUUUGAUUUUGGUUUUCCCAUAUAACACUGGAAAAUUACUGUUUAACUCUUUAGAUUACUCUAAAAUGUUUUGGAUAUGUUUUAAAAGAGUGUAAAAUUAUCAGAAUGUUAAACUUUGGUUGGAUAUAAUUCCAAGUUCUGAGAUCUGACUUCUGAGGUAAAUGGAACGUAGCAUUGUCCUUAAAUUUUUAUUGUUUUUAAAACUAUUUGACUUGAUGUAAAUCUGUCAGGUGUUCUUUAUAUUGAAUCAGAAUUCAUGAUGAUGACAAAUAGAUCAAUAGACCAAUUUCCUGUUGUUGUUUUUUUUUUUUCUGACCAUGACAAUAUAAUGGAUAAUAACAUUCUAUUUAUAUUUUUAUUUAUGUAGGGCUGCACGAUAUUGGGGGAUAAAAAAAAAAAUUAAACAUGCAAAAUAUUUUUCUACUAUUAUAUAUUGCAAUAUUUAUCUAGCAUGUCAGGAAAUGAUUAGUGUGCUUUGCCAAUGAAAUAUUGAAGUAAAGUACAUCUUAUUAAGCAUACAAUUAGAAAAUAUAUAUAGCAUACAGAACUUUCAAACUAUCAUUGUAUAAUGACUUUGUUUUAAGUAAUUUUGGAGCAUUUCUAUUGGUCCCUUCAUCAUGAAAUUCUGAAACAUUAUAUAGAACAACAGCCAGAUUAACAUACAAUACAAACAAAUCCAAUGGUUGUGCAUCACUAUCAUGAGAUCAUAUAUAAGGGUUGGUAUUUUUUUUUUCAAAAACCCGGUAAAUAUGAGUUCUUCAUAAUUACAAUAUUCAUAUAAAUACUUUAUAAUAUGACUAUUAAUAUAGUCAAAUAUGAGGAUAUAUAGUCUUAUGCAAAACUGCAAUCUUAAAAUGGUACGUAUUUUGUAAAUUUACAGAAACAAUUUUUUUUUUUUCUUCUAAAUUUAUCAGAUUGGAAACUAUAAACAUCACUAAGGUACCAUCACUUCUGUGCACGAUAGAUUUAAUUUAAAUAAAACAUUAAUUUAGUUAGUAAUUUAGUGGUUUUUGGUACAGGAUGAGACUCACUGAUGCUCGUUAUCAUUUACGACGCAUGUAAUUUGACCAGGGGGCCAAUUGUUUUUGCAUAAAACUGUGUGUGUAUGUGUAUCUAUAUAAAAUAUAGACCCUAUGUAUAUUACAUUACACAAUUACAUGACUGCAAAGUAAGUGUGUGUGUGUGUGUGUGUGUGUGUGUGUAAAAUGUUCUCAAUGUGCUCUUGCUGCUUCAGGUUUAGGGGUUUAUGGGUAAUGUAGGCUGGUAAAUACCACUUUCCGUUUAUGCUAGCUAGGAGUUAGCGGAUUAGUUUGGUCAUAUAAAUGAAGAAAAUCCAUCUUUUUACCUCAAAUUUACUCACCUUUCAUCUUCCAGACCAUGCUUUAAUCCACACUGGAGCUACCAGACUAAUGUACACUAUAUGGUCAAAAGUCAUGGGACACCUACCCAUUCAUCGUUUUUAAGUUUUAAUCUGUUUUUUUAAGACCAGUUUACACUGGUAACUGGUUUUGGGAGGUUUAAGCUCCCAAAAUAUACAGCAAAGCAUACAGCAAAGCAUUUUGCUGUAUAUAAAUAUACAGCAAAAAAUAUACAGGCAAAAUAUACUCCAUAUAUAAAUAUACUACAUACUCCAUACUGGUCCAACUGGUCUAUCAGUAUCUCCAACUUGAUCAAGCUGCUCUUACUGGUUUAUUAGUUUGGGUAAGCUGGUAAAACUGGUCAAGUUGAUCAUUCUGGUCUACAAGUCAAACUGGUCCUAAAACUUGGUCACGAUUAUGAUGGAACAGCCCAGUCAGACUCGUACACAAGACUGCUCAUACUGGUUGAGUAGCUUGGUGAUGCUGGUUGAGUAGCUUAGUCAUACUGGUUAUAAAACUUAGUAAUACUAGCUUGGUCAUACUGGUUGCAUAGCUUGGGCCUGCUGGUUAUGAAGCUUAGUAAUACUGGUUGAGUAGCUUGGACAUGCUGGUUAUGAAGCUUGAUUAUACUGGUUGUGUAGCUUGGUCAUACUGGUUGUGUAGCUUAGUCAUACUGGUUGAGUAGCUUGGUCACACAGGUUGUGUAGCUUGUUCAUACUGGUUAUGUAGCUUGGGCAUGCUGGUUAUGAAGCUUGGUCAUACUGGUUAUGAAGCUUGGUCAUACUGCUUGUGUAGCUUGGUCAUACAGGUUAUGUAGCUUGGGCAUGCUGGUUAUGAAGCUUGGUCAUACUGGUUAUGAAGCUUGGUCAUACUGGUUAUGAAGCUUGGUCAUACUGGUCUACUAGCCUGUUGAUGUCAGUUGGUGGAGGAGCAUGGCCAAGCUGGUCAUAGUGGUUGCCUAGCUUGAUCAGAUUGGUGAAGCUUGUUUGACCACGUUAACCAUCAAAACUAAAACUUAUACUUGACCCAUACUGGUCAAGGUCUAAGCUGGUCCACCAGUGACUGGUUAGUUACAUUAGCCUUUUAGCUCCAGGUGUUGUAAUUUUCUACAUCAUAGCCUGUGUGGGCGCCCUACGCAGCUGCCCACGUUUUAUUCUUCUGCAUUUGUAACUUGUAACUUCCUUGUUUAAACUGCAAGGGUGGGAAAGUGAGGACGUGAACACGAGGCUACAUGUUGCGUAGUUACAUUUCUUGGAACGUGUGCAAACAAAGAAGUAUAAAUUGGCUUUAAGAAGCUAAAGAAGGUAAUUUUUACACCGUAUCUGGGUUAACGUAGGGGGGAAAGUGUAUUUUGUGUUUUUUGAUCAAAUGUCGCUUUUAAUCGAAGAGUUCUUUUGAAGAGUUCUAACCGCUAAAGCUAACGGACUUUAUCUGACUAUUGAAGAUAUCCUGCGUAGUGCUCUUCCUUAUAGACUCGAUCAUCUUAAUUUUAACGCUCCUUAAUCGAACCUCGCGCCUCAUAUCAAAGCCAUAAAGGGAAGACGUACAGACAUAUAGUAGCGAUGAUAGCCAAUCACAGUUAGCGGUUCAGUUUAGCAAUAGUUUUACGUUACGAAAGCUCGGUUUCUUAGUUAAAUUUCAGUUGAAAUGUAAAUAUCAGUUGAUGAAAGGCCAAAACAUGAUUGUUAGUAAGAGUUUGGGAGGGUAAACUGAAGAGACCUGGUGAAACGUGCCUUGUGGGGCAGCGAAACCUGUUGAAUCCGAUCUUCGUGAAGGGCAACGAUCAGACGAUGAUCAGACAGGAUACUGUGGUGUUUUUUUUUUAUUAUUAUUAUGAUUGAUUAUUUUAUUGAGUGAACGAGUGAGUGAAGUCUGCACACAGUACAUAGUGGCCUUAUAAUGAAGAUUAAAGAAAUAAACAUGUUCAUAAUGUA